AUGCCCCGACGCAACAGGGCCGAGGACCUCGACUUCGAGAUACACGUCGACCGUUCUUGCUUGAGCGAUCCUAUGGACGAUAACGAACAUAAAGGCCACGAGGAGCCAAAGGCGGAAGAGCAACAGCAAGAACAGAACACCAACACCACUAGCAACACCGAUACUGAACAAGAGUCUCAAUUGCCUGCUGAACCCAAGGCUGAGCCUGCGGUUGAAGCUCCAGAGGAGGACGGCAAGCCCAUUGUCACACCGGCAGAGCCCGAGGACGACAAACAAUCACCCAUCCCAGAGCCAGAGGCUGAGGACGACACACAGGACAAGCUCCAGCAAGAUACUGAGGAGCUUGACCAAGAUACCCCCAAGUCGGCUGAGGCAGAGCCCGAGUCCUCAUUAGACGACCAACAACAAGAGGACGAUUCAUACAUCUCUUCUGAGGACGAGUCCGAGGAACACCAGGCUAAGGCUGCAGUGUCUGAGACCAAGGAAGCAGCCACCACUGAGAACCAAGAAGAAGAGACACACUCAGAGAGCGAAUCAGACCGCUCCGAGUCUCGACGCUCUUCUGCUUCUUCCGGAUCCUACCUCUCAGACCGCAGGCACUCUGACCGCACAGAGGCUCUCAUCCAAAAGGCCGCCCGCGACAUCGUCUCGCAGAUUGGCAGCGACGACAAGAGAGAUUCUCUGAGCAGCUACUCCGGCUCAGACGAGACCGGCUAUCUUUCUCGCUCCGAGUCUUCAAGUGCCCGUCAGUCAGACGCCCACAUGUCGGUCGAGGACGGCACAAGAGGCGGUGUGGACGAGGCUGGGGACAACAGCUCCCACCACGAGCACGAGGAUGAUGUGUUUAGCGACCGCAGCCCUCGAAGCUCGAUAGGUUCCAUCUCGGAGACUGAUAAUCGAAAAGCUCGGGAAGCCAUGGACAGGAUGACCAGGUCGCCGCGCAUCUCUGGUAUUUCCGGCAUCUCUGGCAUCUCCGAGUAUGAGAGGGAGGAGGACGAGUUUAUCCCUACCAUCAGAGGAACACCACGACCUGCCUUUAGGUCACCUUCCUCUGUCAAGGCCAUGCAGAUGUCUUCCCCUCCUGCGUCAGUCUUGGGAUCACCCCGUUCUAGCCGACGAGCACCUUUGCCAACUGUUUCUAGAAUCGGAUCUCCCCGCUUCUCAGAGCAAUACUCGCCCAAGAAGACGCCACCGCGCUUUAAGAGAUCCACGCCGCCUCUGGUUCUUCUCCAUGUCACCCUGCUGCCUCUACGAUGGCCCUGGGGAGACGUGUUGGAGAAUGCUGACCCAGAGGACAUGAGCCAGGAAGCCAAGACUAUCCGUGAUGCCUGGCGAACGCUACAGGACCGCAUGGGUGAUACGACAGUCGAGCGAGGUAUUCUUCUGCCCCAUCCUCAGAACGACUAUGAGGUUCUUGAGGAGCGGCUGCUGGAGGCUCUUGAACUUCCCGUGAGGCGACGGGCUCGCAUUCUCGAGUGCGGCCACUAUCUCGGUCCCUCCAACAUGACUCUGGAUGACGAGUCGUCAAGCGAAUCUGAGGAGGAUUCUGAUUAUGAUGAUGAGCCUGAUACACGCCGAUCUAGUCGUCGCAGCCAGCCAGAAAAGACACACUGGUGCAAGACAUGCCGCUCAGACAUCCGCUACGAGUCUCUUGGAGAGGGCAAGAUCUUCCGCGUCAAGGUAUACGCGAGCAACGGCCUGAUUCGUGGCGGUGCCUGGGAGGCUUGCUGGAAGGAGAUGGAGCGUGUCGACGUUGAGAUUGAGCCGCUGGUCGAUGCUGUCGCCCAGCAUGAGCUCGUCCAGAUGGAGGCUGACCAGGAGAGGGAGUUGGCCAUGAGAGAGGCCGAGGAGGAGGAGCGAUAUGUGAGGUUGGAGGAGGAGCAUAGGGAGUUUGAGUCGAGGGAGAGGGGACGACUUGCCAAGCGACGGGGAGAAAGCCGGAGUCAUGUUGGUGAGGAUGAGUCUCAUCUUCAGGAACGCAGCCUUCAUGCCGAGUCACGCCACGAGGAUUCCCAUCACGAAGAGUCUCUUCAUGAUAUCACUCGCGACCAUGAGGAAAGCCACAUCGCGGACACCACGGAACCAGUGGACGAGAAGGCUGCCGAUACCACACGGGAGCCCGCCGAGGAUAUCACCAAGGACUAUACCGACGACCAGUCCUUUGACGAACUUGAGAAGGACCUUGACGAGCAUCUCCAAGAAGAGCAUGAACGAAGAAGCCAGGCUGACGAAUCACGAAUGAGCCUUGGACCCGACGACUUCUCACAUAUGGACGCCCAGGCCCGUGCUGCUCCGUCUUCUCGCGCUUCUAUCUCUCCUGAAGAGACCAAGGACGAGGAGGAACGUAAGAGAAGAGAUGAAGAGAGAUACAGGGAAAUCUAUGGCGAUGCUCCCGCUCAGGAUGAGCACGCACGAUCUUUCCCUGAGCACGCUCAACAUCAUGAUCAACAAUAUACUGAGCGAGGUCAGUCCGGUGCUUCCGACUACCAGGGAAUGCCACCCUCUGGAGAGACAUACGCCCAGAACGAGGAUCGUCAAAAAGCAAUGAAGAGCGCCUCUCUGCCAGAGCUACUGGCCGAGUCUGCGCGCGUGCUAAUGCAGGACAAGAAAAACGUCCUCAUCGGCCUUCUGAGCGUGCUGAUUCUCUUGCUUGCCAUCAGAGGAGGCCCUGGUCCUACACAGGAUCCUAGAACGUUCCAGACGAUUGUGAGGAACGCUGAGGUACCUACUGUUACGGUGACGCAAGAAGCUGUGGUUCCCACAGCGGAGGCUAUCAAGCAGGCGACUGCUUCCACAGAGACUAUCGUUGAGGAGAGCAGCAUCAGUGUUGAGUUGCCCAAGGAGAGUGUCGCCUCAGAGAAGGUCGAAGUCCCUGAAGAGAGUCUCAUCGUCAAGGAGGAGACCGUCGCCCCCGAGGAGAGCGCCGUCGAGGAAGAGCCCGAGGUUGUCGAGGAAAAGGCUGAAACCAGCAGCAAGUCCCGCGCCGCCAGCUCUCGCUCUACUACGGCUUCUGCUUCUGCAGAGUCCGUUGACCCUUGUGCCUCUUGCAGCCUGCCUCCCCGAGAUGGUCGUGGAAAGGGUCCCUUCCGGGACCUCAUCUAUGCCCCCCCACCCCGCCGCCGUGAGACUGAGACCGAGACACUCAUCUCAGAACGAGUCGUCCGCGUCGUCGAGACGGUGACCGCCAUGGAGACUGCCACUGUCAAGGUCACCGAGACCGCGACCGAGGUUGUCGUCUCGCGGGAGACGCAGUAUGUCAAGGCUGGUCCCGAGGAGAAGGCACACCAAAGGGAGAUGGGCCUGGAGGUUCCUGGCAGGAAGGAACAGCAAGUCCCCUUGGGCAGCUCGGAGGCUGCCCUCGAAUAUCUCGAGAUCGAGGCCCCUGUCGAUCAGGCCUUUGACCUCGAGGCCCCGCGAAAGGAGGCUGCGCCCCCUACGAGAGAAGGCCGCCAGGAGCUGGACGCCGAGGCGGAGCGCCUGGAGCUGCCAUGGAACUGA